AUGAAAGUGAAAGUCGUUUAAAACUGGAGUCGCCAUUUUAUCAAGACACAUAAGAUUCUUCGGAAAAAAAAUUAUAUUUUUUUAUUGCAAGAGGCCCCAGCAGGAAUCAUCUGGUCUGGAUCAGCACAACAAUGGAGGAAGCUGCUUCUGAAAUGCCCCCUCCUGUGGGGGGUAACAGAAAGAGCCCUGAGAGUGUCCCGAUGAAGAGAGCAGACUCCCCUGUACCCAGCUGUGUUUCCCUGAAGAGUGACAGGUCAAUGGAUCAACCAAAGAACUUCAGAGAGGGACUUAUUACUACAGAUCAAAGAGACGAAAAUGAAGAAUGCAGUUCAGAUCUACAUGACAAAUCCGGUUUAUCAUCCACAUUGAAGUCACUAGAGGAAAAAGCCAUAAAGUUCCUAAAGGAUGAACUGAAGAAGUUUGUGAGGUACCUAGAUCAGAAUUACCCAGAAUGCUCUGAGCCUCAGCUGGAGGAGGACAAUGACCUGGACAGUGAUGGUCAGAAGCAGAAGACCUGUGGUAGAGAGGGUGCUCUGAAGAUCACACUGUACAUCCUGAGGACCAUGAAGCAAAAUGACCUCGCUGACUUACUGGAGAAGGGACAGCUCAUGUUGCAAUAUCAGCGCAGAAUCAAAAGUAACCUGAAGCAGAACUGUGAGUGUGUAUUUGAAGGGAAACCUAAGGGAGGACAGCCAACACUUCUCAAUGAGAUUUACACAGAACUCUGCAUAACUGAAGGAGGGACUGGAGGAGUCAGUGAUGAACAUGAAGUGAGACAGAUUGAAACAGCAUUCAAGAAAAGGCGAACAGAAGAUACUACAGUCAAGUGCAAUGAUAUAUUUAAACCUUUAUGUGGGCAUGAGACACCUAUCAGAACUGUACUCACUAAAGGAAUUGCAGGUAUUGGGAAAACCAUUUCUGUGCAGAAAUUUAUUCUCGAUUGGGCAGAAGGAAAAGCAAACGAGGAUGUUCAUUUCAUAUUUGCUCUUCCUUUCCGGGACCUGAAUUUGAUUAAGGAUGAAUACAGUCUGAUUGAACUGCUUCACUGCUUUGUCCCAGAACUGAAAUCGCUGAAAUCCACUGAGCUGUUUCGUUAUAAAAUCUUGUUCAUCUUUGAUGGUCUGGAUGAAUGUCGCUUUUCUCUCGAUUUUCUGAACAAUGAGAGCUGGUUUGAUGUAACAAAGAAAAUGCCACUUAAUGUGCUAUUGACUAACCUCGUUAAGGGGAAUCUGCUUCCAUCCGCUCUCCUCUGGAUAACCUCCCGGCCAGCAGCAGCCAAUCAGAUACCUCCUAAAUGCAUCCACCGGGUGACAGAGAUACAAGGGUUCAGUGAUGCCCAGAAGGAAGAGUAUUUCAGGAGGAGAUUCAGUAUUCAGAACCUGACCAGCAGGAUUAUCACACAUGUGAAAUCAUCAAGGAGCCUCUUCAUCAUGUGCCACAUACCUGUGUUCUGCUGGAUUUCAGCCAACGUGCUUAAGAGGCUUUUUAGUGAGACUGACAGGGGAAAAAUUCCAAGGACUCUGACUGAAAUGUACACACACUUCCUGAUUUUUCAGACAGGGUUUAAAAAUGAGAAGUAUAUGAAGAAAUUACAGCUUAAAACACACAGCCAGGAAUUCCUUUUAAAACUUGGUAAACUGGCUUUUGACAACCUUGAGGAAGGCAAUCUCAUAUUUUAUGAGGAAGAUUUGAUAGAGAAUGACAUUGACGUCAGUGAAGCUUCAGUUUACUCUGGACUGUGCACAGAAGUCUUUAAAGAGGAAUAUGGGCUGUAUCGGGAGAAGGUGUACUGCUUUGUGCAUCUGAGCAUCCAGGAGUAUCUCGCUGCUUUAUAUGUGUUUCGUUCAAACUCAUCAGCCAACCUGCUGAAGACUGCAGUGGAUCAGGCAUUAACAAGCAAGAAUGGACACUUGGACCUCUACCUCCGCUUCCUCCUGGGUCUCUCAACAGACUCCAGUAAGGCCCUGUUACAAAAACUACUGGGAGAGACAGGAACCAGCCCACAUAACAUUAGGGAAACAGCCAAAUACAUCAGGGAGAAAAUACAGGAGAAUUUAUCUCCAGAAAGGACCAUCAACCUAUUCCACUGUCUGACUGAGCUGGGUGACAAUUCUCUAGUAGAGGAAAUGCAAAGAUACCUGACUUCAGGAGGCCUUUCAGCAGGAGACCUCUCACCUGCACAGUACUCAGCUCUGACCUUUGUGAUGCUGAUGUCAGAUGAGGAGCUGGAUGUGUUUGAUCUGAAGAAAUUUAUCAGAUCAGAUAAAGAGCACAGGAGGCUGCUGCAUGUGGUCAAGGACUCCAGGACGGCUCUGCUGAACAGCUGUAAUCUCACAGAGAAAUGCUGUGAGAUGCUGGCUUCAGCUCUCAGAUCAAACUCCUCACACCUGAGAGAGCUGGACCUGAGUGACAAUGACCUGCAGGAUUCAGGAGUGAAACUGCUCUCUGCUGGACUGGGGGAUUCACAUUGUAAACUGGAGAAAUUGAGGUUGGCAGGUUGUAGAGUCACAGAAGAAGGCUGUUCUUCCCUGGCUUCAGCUCUGAGGUCAAACCCCUCACAUCUUAGAGAGCUGGAUCUGAGCUACAAUCACCUAGGAGCCUCAGGAGUGAAGCUGCUCUCUGCUGUACUGGAGGAUCCCAGCUGUAAACUGGAGAAGCUGAAGGUGGACCAAUGUGAACUCACAGAGAAAUGCUGUGAGGCACUGGCUUCAGCUCUCAGAUCAAACUCCUCACCCCUGAGAGAGCUGGACCUGAGUGACAAUGACCUGCAGGAUGCAGGAGUGAAGCUGCUCUCUGCUGGACUGGGGGAUUCACACUGUAAACUGGAGAUACUGAGGCUGACAGGCUGUAGAGUCACAGAAGAAGGCUGUUCUUCCCUGGCUUCAGCUCUGAGGUCAAACCCCUCACAUCUUAGAGAGCUGGAUCUGAGCUACAAUCACCCAGGAGACUCAGGACUGAAGCUGCUCUCUGCUGUACUGGAGGAUCCCAGCUGUAAACUGGAGAAGCUGAAUGUGGGCCACUGUGGAGAGUGCAGGACCAGACCAGGCUUACAGAAAUACUCCUGCCAGGUGACGCUGGACCCCAACACAGCAAACAGACGCCUGUCUCUGUCAGGGGGGAACAGGAAGGUGACCAGUUUGGGGCCAGAGGAGCAGCAGCCAUAUUAUGAUCAUCCAGAGAGAUUUGACGGCCGCCCCCAAGUUCUGUGCAGAGAGAGUCUGACUGGCCGCUGUUACUGGGAGGCUGAGUGGGAUGGAAAUGGAGCUGAGAUAGGAGUGACUUAUAAAGGAAUCGGGAGGAAAGGACGGAAUGAUGACUGUCUGCUUGGAUACAAUAACAAGUCAUGGGUUCUGGAAUGUGAUCCUGACAGUUACUCUGUCUGGCACAAUAAAAAACGGACUGUUAUACCUAUAGAGCCCUCAGGCCCCCGCAGAGUAGGAGUGUAUCUGGACUGGGGGGCUGGUGCUCUGUCCUUCUACAGAGUCUCCUCUAAUGGACUGACUCUCCUGCACAGAUUGACCUCCUCAUUCACUGAGUCCCUCUAUCCAGGGUUUUUUGUUUAUAUAAACUCUUCCGUGUCACUGUGACGUGUUGCUGAUUCUCCUGGCAAAAAGGUAAAAUCUUUUAAAAUGCUUUUUAACCUUUAAUCCUUUUUACUCUGAAGUGUAUGUUUGACAAAAAUAAAUGACUGUUCAGUGUGCUGAAUAAACGAAAAAUAAC